GCCUCCCUUCCCGGCUGGUCCGGCCCCUCGACGGGAAGUGGGAGCGAGGGGCCGCGCUGGGGCGGCCGAACCAUGGCUGUGCCCGCAGCAGCUCCGCUGCCCUGCCCGCUCCUCCUCGUCGUUUGCUGGGUGGUGGCCGCGGGGACGGCGGCAGGAGCAAAAAUUCUUCCAUCUCCAUCCAACUUGAACUAUUCAUUUAUCCAUAUCUGUACUCUGAACUGGACAUGGAACCCCCCAGAGAACAUCAGCAGUAGCUGCAACUUGGAGUAUUCCAGUGACAUCAUCAUCAAUGGGGUUCCUGAGGACAGAAAAAAAUGGGGUAAGAACCGCUUCCGUGUGACGGAUGUGCACUUGAAUGAGGAAAUGCACCUCAGAGUGAGAAGUGAAUGCAAGAAUGACACCACAAGUGAGCCCAGCCCCUGGGUGGAGACCUCCCUUCUGCCAAAAGGUAUUCCAGGUACUGCUGCUGUUGACUUGAGCUGUGUUUGGCACAAUUUGGAGUACAUGGCUUGUACCUGGCGUCCUGGGGAGAACGCAAGCAGUGACACCAACUACACUUUGUUCUACUGGUUUGAUGGCUUGGAAAACCCUAAGAAGUGUAGCAACUACUCUGUAGACCAGGAAAUCUUUGAAUGCAUUUUCAAUCUUACGUUCCCAAAAGUCACCAGUAAUUACCCUGCUAUAAGUAUUUUGAUUAGAGAUGAUUCUGAAGAAAUUAGGCCUGUGUGUGCAAGUAAAAAUCCUACCACCCUUGUAAAACCUGCCACACCAAGACAAUUGACAUUGUCAAAGACUAAUGAUAGAAUUGAUGUAAAAUGGAGUGCAUCAGAAACUUUUCCAAAAAACUGCUUACACUAUGAAGUUAAAUGGGGCAAUGGUGAUUCAGACAUUGUUUGGAUAUCUGAAAUAAAUUCUGUGUCAAUUCCUGGCAUUGAUGCUAACAGCAAAUACACCUUCAAAGUGAGAGCAAAACCAAAGCGUGAGUGUUACAACAGCAAUUUCCAUAGUGACUGGAGUGAAGAAAAGAGCAUUGGUGAGAAGAAGGACUCUACAAUCUAUGUUGUUCUAAUAAUUACCAUUCCAUUAAUAGUAGCAGUAUCUACAAUAAUUCUACUAGUUUAUCUAAAAAGGCUGAAGAUACUAAUUCUUCCUCCAAUUCCGGACCCGAGAGAAAUUCUUAAGCGUAUGUUUGGAGAGCAGAACGAGGAUUCCCAGAGCUCUGCAAAGGAUGAUCCCAUGAAUGCUUUUGACAGGUUAAUUAUAGAAGAAGAAAUUCAUUCUUUAAUUUUAACAGAAACUUCAGACAGCACUAAUCCUGAAAAAGAAAACAGGUAGACUCUGCUUUAUCAGUGAAAGAGAAGGAAGCAGAUUCCUGCUCUGACUGUAGAUGUGAAAUGGUCUGUGAGACAUUUGCUGGCUCUGACCUCACUGGCUCCUUCUCUGGUGCACAGAGGAUGAAUCACUAACAGUGGCUGUUCUUCCACCUCUGCCAGAAAUACCCAUCUGAUGAUACCCGUGUCAAGAUGAGCAUGCACGUAAUUCCAUGUGACUGCGUUGUGGACUCCCUGUCCCGGCUUCAGCCAGCUCUGCCCUAUUAUUUGUUACUUGCACUUGUGUUGGUCCCUCACACCGGGCUGUCAGGGUUGGUUUGGUUUUUUUUUUCUGUGACUUCUCUGAAGUAUUUGUCUCUGUUUGCAGCAGGUGGGAUGAGGCUGGUUUACAGUGGAUGGGUCAUUAGUGCUACCACAUGGAGCUGCUGCCAGGUGGGAUGGCAGAGCAUGGACUGUUUGUGGAUAAGCCUUUGUGUGUGUGCCUGGGCUGGGCACUCUCUGGAGGGCACUUAUGGACUGAGCUUCUUGUGCUUCUGCCCAUCAGCUGGGGCUUGGUCAAAUCCCACCAAAGAGGGUAUUUUUUUAUUUGAAAACGUGUAUGAAAAGCCCCUCUGCUUUCCAGCUGGUGUUCAGAAUAUUCAUAGAAAAGGCUUAGUUUUGUUAUCCUGUCAAUUGUCUGUCCUCAGAUUCCUUGCCUUCAUGGACUUCUUGGGUUAAUUAUACUUUGUUUAAAAUGAGAAAUAUAUAUAUUUUUUUAUUUGUUCUGUGCAGUA